AUGGCACUUAACCAUUGUUUAGCAAUAACAUUAUCUGUAUUCUUUCUUUUAUUUGUGCUGGGUACUUUCAUUACUGUUGAUAAUAGAGAUAUUCCUGAACAAGAUAUAGUGAAAUUUACUAGGUAUCCAUCAUGGCAUCCUCCAGUUGAUGGACUGAAUGGUAGAGGAUACGAUGAACCAAUUGUUGGAUUGUCAUUUUACGCGGCUGUUGCAAUGGUUCCUACAUUUGAAUUUAAUAAGACUUUAGGUUUUUAUUGUUUAGUUACAGCAUUUACGAAUCUAAUAUCUUUUUGGUUAGAUAUAGGAAAAAUAUGGGCAGCAUUUGGAUUAAUGCAUAACGCACUAGAAAUUUUAAUCUUAGUUAAUAUGCAUUAUGGAGGAAGAAUUAAAUCAAGUACAUUUAUUGGAUUUUUUUUACUUUACAUUUCUAUUACUGCUGGAAUGAGUUUAUUCGCAACUUGGCCUUAUGAUGCAUUAUGGUUUAAAAUGCAAGGUCUUUGUUUGGAUUGGGCACUUGUAAUUCAAUUCACACGAACAUAUUUUAACACGAAAAAACAUAUUAAGAAUGACUCUGAUGUUAAUUCAUUAAUUAGAGAUGAUGAUAAUGAAGAAAGAGGAGAAAGAAGGAAUGUUUUUUAUAAUCCAGAAAAUGAUGUAAUUGUUCAUCAUCCAUAUCAAAUAUUGUUAUUAAUUGUAGCGUCAGGAUUUCAUAUAUUUGGUAAUAUCUUGGCUUCUAUAUGGAUUGACAAAAUAGAAAUGUGA